UGUUGACGUUUAGACAUCCUCCUGCACUGCUGAGUACACAAUUUACACAGCGUCAUCCAUCACGCUUUCGAUUUUAUCGCCCCUUCCAAACUCAAACCUUCCCCACUUCCUCUGUCUCUCUCUUCCUUUGUGGUUCUCAUUUGAAGCGUUAAGAUGGCUUCAAUCUCUGCUACUUCUCUCUUUCUUCAAACUCCUUCUAAUAAGGGAAGGGUGAAUCUGAGCAACUGUGAUUCCAAUGCUUUUGUUGGUGGAGAAAAGAGAAAUGCAUCUUUCAAAUUGCAGUCUUUCAGUCGGGUCAGCAUGGUUGCCACUGUCAAUGCUUCUCGUUUUGAUGGUGUAUCAAUGGCUCCUGCAGACCCUAUCUUAGGUGUUUCAGAAGCUUUUAAAGCUGACACGGAUGAAAAGAAGUUAAAUCUUGGUGUUGGAGCUUACCGUACUGAAGAACUUCAGCCUUAUGUCCUGAAUGUUGUCAAGAAGGCGGAGAAUCUUAUGCUGGAGAGAGGAGAAAACAAGGAGUAUCUGCCAAUUGAAGGCUUGGCAGCUUUUAACAAAGUGACUGCAGAAUUGCUCUUCGGGGCUGACAACCCUGUUUUAAAAGAACAAAGAGUGGCAACUGUCCAAAGUCUUUCAGGAACUGGUUCUCUCCGCCUUGCAGGAGCAUUCAUCGAACGCUAUUUCCCUGGUGCCAAAGUGUUGAUAUCAUCUCCAUCUUGGGGCAAUCACAAAAAUAUUUUCAAUGAUGCCAGAGUUCCAUGGUCCGAGUACAGAUACUAUGACCCUAAAACAGUGGGUUUGGAUUUUGAGGGGAUGAUAGCAGAUAUUAAGGCAGCUCCUGAAGGAUCGUUCAUUUUGCUCCACGGCUGUGCACACAACCCCACUGGAAUUGAUCCAACUCCGGAGCAAUGGGUAAAAAUUGCUGAUGUCAUUCAGGAGAGGAACCACAUUCCAUUCUUUGAUGUUGCAUAUCAGGGUUUUGCAAGUGGUAGCCUUGACGAAGAUGCAUCAUCUAUGAGGUUGUUUGCUUCGCGUGGUAUGGAAUUGCUGGUUGCUCAAUCUUACAGUAAAAAUCUUGGUCUUUACGCAGAAAGGAUUGGUGCUAUCAAUGUUGUCUGCUCAUCUGCAGAUGCUGCUACAAGGGUGAAGAGCCAAUUGAAAAGGCUAGCACGACCUAUGUACUCCAACCCUCCAGUUCACGGGGCAAAGAUUGUUGCUAAUGUUGUAGGCAAUCCGGAUCUUUUCAAUGAAUGGAAGGAAGAGAUGGAAAUGAUGGCUGGUAGGAUUAAGAGUGUUAGGCAGAAAUUGUACGACAAUCUGAUUUCAAAAGAUAAGAGUGGGAAGGACUGGUCAUAUAUUCUUAAACAGAUAGGCAUGUUUUCUUUCACUGGCCUAAACAAAGCUCAGAGUGACAAUAUGACAAAUAAGUGGCACAUAUACAUGACAAAGGAUGGAAGAAUAUCACUUGCUGGUUUAUCUGCAGCCAAAUGUGAAUACCUUGCUGAUGCCAUCAUCGACUCAUACUACAAUGUUAGUUAAAAGAUGUACAUUUACACAUGAAGCCCAGGAAAUCGCAUUAAAAUUUUGGUGAGUGUUCAUCUUGACUUCGAGAUUUUGUAAUAAUUUGUGCACUAUAUGCUCUUAUUUGAAGCAAUGUGCAUUGCAUUUGUUACUUUGAGGACUAUAUUGUUAUUUGACCGUGUGGUUUACGUACUA